AUGGCCGACACAGAGGUUUACGACGUCAUCAUCGUGGGCGCCGGGCCAUGCGGACUCGCGACGGCCGCCCGCCUCCGCGAGCACACGCCAGCGGCGCUCUUCACCGACGAGGAGCACCGCCGGUUUCACUGGAUCGGCAAGUACGGGGACAAGGUCAGCCUGAAGCACGUCCGCAGCGGCAAGACGUCCUCGCCGCGCCGCGGGGCGUGCCGCCCCGAGUACAAGAUGAUGGUGCUCGACGGCACCGACGACAAGUGGCUCGGCCGCUGGAACGAGCUCUUUGGCCUGUACGAUAUUUCGCACCUGAGGAGCCCGGUGCUGUGGCACGUCGAUCCGCUUGACCGCGACUCGCUGCUGGCCCACGCGUACUCUGAGGGGCGGGAGGACGAGCUGGUCGAGAUCCGCAACUGCGUUGGCAAGGAGAUCAGCAAGCAUGCCAGGAAGAAGAAGAAGCAGAAAGCUGGAGGUCGGCAUUGCGGCAAAAAGCAGGAAGCGAGAGUGGCCAUCAACUUGCGCGACAAGAACGACUACUACACGCCGUCGCAGUCGCUGUUUUGCGACCACUGCCGGUGCGUCGCGACGAGAUAUGGCCUGGAUCGGGGCCUCAUCAGAAAGGAGGUGCUGGUAGACGUCGACUACGGCGUCGUGCGAGGCGUGUCGGUCCAGGAACAGAGCCUGUUCACGGUGACAACUCGCACCGGGAGGCGGUUCCACUGCAAGACGCUGGUCCUCGCGGUCGGCGCCGCCAACGAGCCAGACGUUCCCCGGAUGCCAUCCGUGCCCGAGGGCGCGGGGGAGCUCGGCCAAGCGUGCCACAGCAUGCAAAUCAAGACGUUUCCCGACGCCGUUGUGCGGCAACGCAUGGCUGCCGGCCGGCGAACCCACGUCCUGGUGGUGGGAGGAGGACUGACGUCUGCGCAGCUAUCCGACCUCGCGAUCCGCAGGGGCGUGACCAAGGUGUGGCACAUGAUGCGCGGGCCGUGCCGGGUGAAGCACUUCGACGUCCAUCUCGAGUGGAUGGGCAAGUACAAGAACACGGAGCAGGCGCGGUUUUGGCUUGCCGACUCGGACGAGGAGAGGCUGGCCAUGAUCAAGGCGGCCCGGGGCGGCGGCAGCAUCACGCCUCUCUUCAACAAGCGCCUGCGGAGACAUGUCGCGGCCGGGAGACUGGUGCUCCUGGAGCGGACUCGCUUGCUCGAUGCGACGCUGGUGCAGGCCGAAGACGGCGCGGGCGGCGCGUGGACCGUCGUCACGGAUCCGCCCGUGGCAGACAUGCCGUCCUUUGACUACAUUUACUUUGCGACCGGCAUCCAGACCGACGUGUCCAGGCUGCCUUAUCUGAAGACGAUGCGGGACAAGCACCCCAUCCAAACCCACGGGGGCCUCCCCUGCAUCAAUGACGACUUGAUGUGGAACGACGGGGUUCCGCUGUUCCUCUUGGGGAGGCUGUCGGCGUUGAGGCUGGGGCCGGCCGCUCCCAACGUCGGCGGCGCGAAGCUGGGGGCGGAACGAGUCGCCUGGGCCAUUGAAGCGUCGGUGAAGCCGUCGGGGGGGGAGGAGGAGGAGGAGGAGCAGGAGCAGGACGACGGUGACGGCGGCGUGGCGAGCUAUCUUUCCGGCCAUGGCAACAUGUACAGCGUUCUCGCGGGGGACGCCAGCUCGGCAGCUUGA